UUGCUUCUUAAUCGAUCUCAUUUCGAUCGUCGUUUAUUUCGCUCCUGUUGCAUGAUCAUCUUUAGCUAGCGAUGAUAUGCUCCAGUGCUGCCUCUCCGAGUCAGUCAAAUCGACAGAGACUGAGCCUCGACAAAAUUCUCGUUUCAUAAAGAUCAUACGGUUUAGUGCAUAUUUAAUUUGGUUUGUUUCAGCUUAUCAUAGCUUGCACCCAGAAUUCACUGCUCCAUUGUUCACAUUUUUUGUUUUACAACUCUAUUAGGGAAUACUUCAUUUGUCCUAAAAUAUAAGCAUGUCUAGUUUUGUUCUAAAUCAAACUACAUUAAGUUUAGGAUGGGAAGAGUAGUAAGGUAGGAGUAAUUUGUACCGGGGAAUGAGAAUUCAGAGAUAAAAGCUUAGAAUAUUUUUGUUUGUUCUGUGAGAUGGAGAGUUUUGAUGGGACGAGGAAUAGGAGUUUAGAGGUCCAACUCACAUCGAUCCUUCUAGGAAAAAAGUUUGAAAGUUAGUUGAAAUCUAUAUAUGCUUCAAGCUCCUAAUUGUUUGGAUGAAAACCCGUUGCAAUUGUUUGGAUUUUGUAUUGGUGCUACUUCAAUUUGGUGAAAAAUAUUUUUUCUAGCAAUCAAUCCAGUUUAGUUUGGUUUGAAUUGGUUUUACAAGAGAAAUGAUUUGAUUUGAUUUGGGAUACUAAUAGCGCCGAGCGGUAGCUGUGCUUGCUUAACUAGUGUACUCAUCAUUUUAGCCAUUAAUAGUGCAUAACAAUUAAAAGUACCACCACCAUCAUGCUUCCGCACUACUUUCGGAUCUCCAUCUUCCUCUUGAUGAGUGGUGUAGUUUGAUUUUCACAUAUUAUGGGGUGGUUUGGAGUGGUUUACAUCGGUGUAUUUAAUAAAAAUAAUUUGGUAUGGAUUUAGUCUGCAUCUUAUACCAUUAGCAGCUUCAUAUAUGCUUAAGUGAAAGACCAACAUUUAUUCAUCUACAUUGAUCAUUAUGACUUUCUAUGAUACAUUUUUCAUUCCAAAACCGUACCCAUGUACCAAACAGAUAUGAAUUCCCUCAAACAGAGAUAUGAAUUCCCUCCCUAGCUUGAUUCCUCCACGAAACCGAACGAACAUGAGAUUGUGACUAAAAAUCAACUUCCCAUCAUAAUUUCUUUUAUCAACCCCUACUGCUAAUAUUUUAGGUCUGAAAUUAAUCGGGUUUUCAAAAAAAAAAUCGGGUUUUCUUCGACCCGGUCUGGACCGAGAAACGGAAUUACGAAAAUGUCCAGGGUGGUGACUCACACCACCAUGUUAAUCCCUCGUCCGGCGGCGGCCGGCAGCGCGCAGCGAGGCAAGUGCGGCGGCCGCGGAGGGGCGGCCAGGCUCUCCGUCACGGGGGCGGGCCAGGCUCAAUCUAUAGCCGUAGGUGGCCAUGCCUCUUGUUCUCGCAUCGUUGGAUGCCGCGAAACAACAUCGGCUUCGCGGUUUCCGCUGCGAGCGCAUCCAUCGAGCACGGGGAUGCCGACGAAAUCCUGGGCGCAAUCUCGGUCGCGGCUGCAAUCGCGGUCGCGGCGGCAGGGAGCAGCAGUUGAAUGGCGCCGUGCCAUUUGGCCGUUGAGGCCAUUACCAGUUCAGAUUUGAAGAUAUAAUGGCGAGGCUUAAACUGGUUGUGGAGGUUGUAAGCGCCAAUGGCCUUUCGGACCGCCAAGAGCUACUUAAUCCAUGUGUUCAGCUUCGCUUUGCUGGGCAAAGUUUCACUACAUCUAUCAAAAGGAUGGUUCGCUGCCCUGUAUGGUCAGAGAUGGCCACUUUUGAUGUGCUGGACAAACAAAGGCUUCCUUCUCUUACUCUUGAAGCUUCUGUCUAUAAUGCCAUUGAUGACUGCCAGGUUUUACUCGGCAAAGUCAGGCUUUCUGGGGCUAGCUUUUCUGAAUCAACUGGUGCAGUCAUCAAAGACUAUCAGCUGAAGGGUGGAAUAUUCAAGCGAUCAAAGGGAGUGCUGCUUCUUAGAGUAUUUCUGAAGAAUGAAGCCCCUGUCUCACAAGUUAUUCCCCCUCCAGUCCUGCAACAACCCCUGCAGGUUCCUGUGGAUGCUGUACCAAAGGAAAUUCAACCUAAGUUUGAAGAUGGGAUGAUUGUUUGGCGCAUACCAUAUUUGUUUGUACUUGUGGUAAAGGCUCGUUGCUUGCCUGAUGUGGACGCCGACGAAAAACCCGAUCCCUAUGUAGAGGUAAAUGCUGGUAACCUUAGAGGCGUCACCAUGUUUGCCCAUGAGGAACAGAAUCCAGUGUGGAACUCAACUUUUGCCUUCUCCAAACGCCAGUUGGACAGCUCCCAAGUAACUAGAAUCUAUGCUGUUAUCUAUGAUGGGGUAACGUAUAAUUUUAUUGGUCUGGUGUCACUUGACUUAAAUGACGUCCCUUUGCAUUCCCGAAAUGACAUACCGGUAGUGCCACAGUGGCACUGUCUUGUUGACAAAAGUGGACGGACAACUCAAGGUGAGUUGAUGCUUUCAGUUUGGUGGGGCUCGCAGGCUGAUGAGGCAUUCUCUGAGUCAUGGAAGUCAGACUGGUUGGAAGCAAGUGUGACUGCAAGACCACAUAUCGUGCCCAAAGUGUAUAAUUUGCCAAGGCUGUGGUGUCUGCGCGUCCAUAUAAAUGAGUUUAAAUGUAUUGCACUCGCUUCUGGAAACAAAUUUGUAGAAGCAUGGGUCCAAGUGGUGGUAGGUUGUCAGCAUAAGAGGACGAAGAUAGUGAAGAAGCCACUAGCCCAUUAUGUCUGGGAUGAAGAACUGACAUUUGUUGCUGCAGAACCAUUUGAGGAUGGCCUUCAAAUUUCUGUCAAAGCACAUCUAGUGCCUGGCCUAGGUGAGGUUAUUGGUCGAAUUGUUAUACCCUUGGAAACAAUUCAGCGUCGAGUUGGAGGUCUCUCCACUGAACUUGAGAGGCAAUGGCUUGAUCUUCAAAUUCCACCCAAUGCAUCAGCUUCCAAUGGUGGCGGGGAUGAGUUGACUGUGUCAUCCUGCCGGAUUAAUAUCACUACCUGUCUCGAUGGUGGAUAUGACGUUCAGUAUGGCUUUGGAGAGUACAGAAACGACUUGAGACUAGCAGCUGAGGAAACCUCAAAUCCUCCACUUGUUGGCUUGUUUGAGGUUGGCAUUCUUGGAGCUAAGGGCCUCCCUCCUAUAAGAAGAGGAAAUGGGAGAUUAUCGCUGCACCCAUAUUGUGUGGCAAAAUAUGGUCAGAAGUGGGUACGAAGUCGUACCAUCAUCAACAACUGCCAUCCUUCAUUCAAUGAGCAGUACUCAUGGGAUGUCUACGAUACAGCAACUAUCCUGACCAUUGGACUGUUUGAUAAUGGCCAGGUGGAAGAGUCUAGUUCAGGCAAGUACAAGGAUGCCAACAUUGGGAAAGUAAGGAUACGCCUUUCCAAUCUUCAACCUGGCCGGAUCUAUUCUCAUGGGUACCCUCUUCUCAUCCUACAUCCUUCAGGGGUCAGGAAAAUGGGUGAACUGUACCUAUCAUUAAGAUUUACCGCAAGAUCAUUAGUGAACACAGUGCGUAUGUAUGCAUCCUUGAAUUUACCAACAAUGCACAAUGAGGACCCUCUUUCAUUGAUCCUGAAAGACAAUUUGAGGCUCUCUGCUAUCCAGAUUGUCGCAUCCCGACUGAGCCAGAUGGAUCCACCCCUAUGCAAGGAAGCCGUGGAAUACAUGUUUGAUGCACAAAGCAACUUUUGGAGCAUGAGGAAAAGUAAGGUCAAUUUGAACAGAAUCAUGUCGGUCCUCUCAAUCUUCAUAACAUUUUGGAGCUGGUUCUCCUAUGUUCGUUCAUGGCAGAAUCCUGCAAUCACUUUGCUGGCACAUGCUGUUUUCCUCCUAGCUCUUGUGUUUCACCAACUCAUACUCCCAUCAAUGCUCUUAUAUAUUUUCUUCAUUACAAUAUGGAACUACCGGCAUCGGCCUAGUUAUCCUUCGCACGCUGAUAUCAAGGUAUCUUUAGCAGACACAGUACAUCCAGAUGAGCUCGAUGAGGAAUUUGAUACCUUCCCUACUUCUCGGAGCAUUGAUUUUGUAAGGAUGAGGUAUGAUAGGCUAAGGAGUGUUGCCAGCAGGAUACAGUCGGUCAUGGGAGACGUAGCAUCCUUUGGGGAGAGGAUUACUUCAUUGACAACAUGGAGGGAUCCAACAGCAACAGCAAUGUUUGGGCUCUUUACUCUGGCAGCAGCUAUUAUGCUCUGUUUUACACCAUGGAAAGUUCUUGUCGCAAUAGCUGGAAUCUACACCAUGAGGCAUCCCAAGCUUCGACAGAAGACACCGUCAUUUGUUGGGAACUUCUACUGGCGAUUGCCUCACAAGGCAGACAAUUUGCUCUGAAUAUCUUCUGUGAUAUGUACUGUUCCAUGAGUAGAUCUUGUUACUUUGUACUGCUCCUUGAAUCUGUUGGUUGCAACUCUCUUCUGUUACCUACUGUGUCACCAUCGUGGUUGUAGGACUUCAUUUCCAUGUAGACUUUAAUGAUCACAGUGUUCGGCUGGCUGUAGCUGGUGGCUGGUGCUGAUUUGUUGUGAGAGAAAAGCACAGCUGGCUGGCUGGUAGCUUGUGGCUGGUGCUAGUUUGGUGUGAGAGAAAAACACUGUUAGCUGAUUGAAGCGAACAGAGCAGAUAUAUGUGUUUCAGUGUUUGUCA